CAUAUGAUGAAGUUCCCUUCUAACAACRGCGGACUAAAGUACGUCUUCCUCUACAACUAACAGUAUCUCAGUUGUCUUUUAUUAAUACAGCGUGGUAGAAUCACAAAUCGAGGAGAUGCAGUAAUCUCAAGACAGUGGAGAGUCUUCUCAAAGUAGUUUUAGUUGCAGAGUUAUUUUGUUUGCAGACGUCAGGAAUUCAACGCAAUUUGAGACUAAAAACGACUCAAUAAYAUGAACUCCUUACUAACAACAACGUUGGAUCCAAGUCGUGUGAGUGCAAYCAUGACAAAKUUGGCYGAAAACACCACAGGCAGCUCAACGUUGUCCGAGGGGAGCGUUAUAGUCGGAGUGGUCGUUGAGUUGGUGAUCUUGAUMUUGAUUACUGGUAAUUUGUUAAUGGUGGUGACCCURCUGCUCUACAAACCRUGGACUAUUCCUGAUCUACUUUUAUUCUCUUUAUCAUUGGCUGAUUUGAUUAAUGGGAUGAUUCCAGCGAAUAUACUCAACAUUAUCAAUAGUUUUUACGGACAGGAACGAUGGACGCCGGGACUGUGCACACUGUUCAUCUGGAUGACAUUUUCUCUUCGAAUGACAUCAGUGUGUACUAUUACACUUAUAUCAGGAGAACGAAUGUUAAUGCUGACUAAACCACUUCGUCAUCAUAGYAUAAUGACCGUUAAUAAAGUACGCAUUGCUAUCGGGRYUGUGUGGGUGUUUUCAAUGUUUCUCUCAACAAUCCCGUUUAUGGCUGGACAAUCUGGAUUUUCUAAUGGUUUCUGCUWUUACCAGCUUUAUGAUCUUGGUCUAGGGUUUGGUAUAACAAUUGAAGCUAUUGGAAUUAUCCAACUUAUCCUGGUAUUGGCUUGUUUUAUCAUCAUUAAAUUUUCCUCGUUUAAGUUUAUUAAAAGGCAAAGUAUUAUGGCUGCGUCGAACCAAACCGGAAACAAAGUGCAKMGAAAAGACAAAGAAACAGCCGGCACAAAGCAAGUACGACAGCUUUACAAAAUGAUGGCAAUCGUUGUGAUCCUGUACUAUGUCAGCUGGYUGCCUUAUUUGCUCACGAACUUCGUAAGUCUCGUCUACGGACACCUCCCCCACACAGUAGAUAUUAUUGUUGGUUUUCUCUCAUUGGUCAGCGCCAUCAUAAAUCCACUGCUGUACGGCAAGAUGAGCCUGCGAUACUGGCGUGGUUACCUAUUUAUUUUUAGAAAGAUACGAUCGUUGUGUGGCGGCGAAAAGCCCGAUGGGAGUUUCUUCAAUGACAGAAGAAGAGGGUCUUAUUCAGCUGCUUACUCACAUCCAAUUAGAUUAGAUGGUCGAUUAUCGACAGCCGAGCUGGACGUCCGACAUCAGAUUAACCCAGCUUACGAAGACGAAGAAAAAAAUGACUACAAAAAGGAGGCUAUUCAAGACGUCACUACACCAGCAAAUAAUGAUGAUGAUGAUAAGGAUGAUGACGAUGAUGAAAUUGCUAUUUACCCAGUUGAAGUAAACAAGGUCGAUGAUGAUGAUAAUGACGAUGAAAACAACGAGACUCAGAUUACAAUUUGUCCUUUGAAUCAGAGUGCACAGUUCGACGACGGCAGCAAUGAACCAACAGGUUCAGAAGACAAAGAAAGUGAGGAGAAACCUUCAACAGUCGACGAAGAAGACUUUUCUAUUUGCCCUUACGAUGAAAGUAUUAUAGUCCAUUACGAAGACUUGAUAAAACUAGCUGAAGAACAAGCUAAAAUCAGUGAAAAUGACAGCCAUAACGCUCCUGAGCCUGCMCCAGGUGUAAAUCCAUCCGAACACUCAACACUAGAGAAUGGACAAUCAAAAGUGAAGAGCGACGAAAACAUCAAUAUUCCAGGUUCUGUUUUGGACACUGAUGGUAAUGACACUGAUGAAAGCAAUCGAAGCCAACCAAAACCACAGAUCAACAAUCAAGGUGUCAAUAAUGAAGGARAAUCCAGCCAAUCAGAGAGUGAUGCGAGCGAUUCAUUUGGAGAGGGUAGCAUUCUGGGUAACUAUGACAUCACUAUGCCCUCGGCCCAUGACARCUCRGAUGAUAAUGAYCAAGUURRAGACAGCGAUGCGUCCAGUAGAGGAAGCGCUGAAGGAAACUACGAUAUCAUGGAGGAUCUUCUCGAGGAUCAAAACGCAAAAAAUGAAAAACAUGGACACUUUUUUGUUGAUGAUGUUGUGAAAAAAAUGGAGGAAGAAGAAAAGCAGCAAUCGUCAAUGGAAACCUUUGAUUUCCUCUCAGAUAACAACAAACUACUCGAAGAAAACCAUUCUUUAGACGAUGCUCUAGCGAAACCCUCGACMACAAAGUCCACUCAAGAUGUAGAUAGAGCAGAAAAAGGAAYCAUGAACGGUGARCAGGAAGGUGAACCGGAUGAACGAAGAAAUGAUACAGAAGAUGGAAUUGAUAGUGAAAGUGAAGAUGAAAAUGAUAAAAGAAAUGGAAACAAAGUAAUUGAAAACAUAGGAAAGGAAGAAAGCAAGAACGAAGGCAUAGAAAUGGUUGCACCUGUAAAGGAAAACGAAAAAGAAGACAAAGAAAAGAAUGAGAAGGAAAUGGAAACGUCGAAUACAGAACAACUGGAUAUAGACAAGCAACGAGAAGAGAAGAGCGAAGAAGCUCAGGAGGCAACAAACGGAGAGGCGCAAAAUGAGGAUAGUAAGAAAAGAAUACAGCAACAACUUGAAGAGACGCCAGACGAAAUAAACAAGGGAGCACCGGUUGACAGACAACAAGAAGAGCAUAACAACAACAUACAAGAUGACGAGCAAGAAGACGACGACGAAGAAGAGCCAAACUUUAUCGCUAAAGAAAGCAUUUUUAAAGGUUCAAAGACGGACUUUUCGGCCAAAAAGAAAUACUUCCGCAAAGAAUCUGAUCUUCUAAGGAAAGAACUGGGAGAAAUCUGAUCCCAUUGCAAUCAUGUAGGCUCAAGAAGCCUGUGAGAUCACGAGGAAUGGAUCUUCCUAUACCAUGCAGUACUCUCAAUUAUAAGCAUGGACUGUGCUGUUGAAACGCGCAUAUUUAAGACCUCUUACGUCACCAGACCUUUUUCAUAGUCGUAUUCAGUUGCAUGACGGCAUUGCGUGACUGUCACUUGGUGUUUGUAAACAAUAACAAACGAUGUUGUUUGUAUAUAGACGUAAAAAAUGAUUCAAAAAUCGCUCUUUUCGAUGAKUUUAUCAUUGCAUUCCUUAAUGAAAACAAUUGAAACGCUGUUUUGUGAAUAUUUCCUUGUAUAAUGCCUGCCACAUUGAGAAUAAAUCAAACAAACUCAAUUAAUCGUGAAGAGUCCUGUUGGUUUGAGUGAGCAAGACGUGAUGUGGUGAGAAUGUUCUGGAACCGUUUCAUGAUGCAGKCCUUGAACUAACUAUCUUCUCGUUUCUUUGACUUCUUGUGAUUUUUGAGAUUAUUUCACCUGACAAUGUUACAUUUCCAAGGAAGAUUCCAUUCGAAUCCCAUCAUGUUUCAAUUUUGAUGACAUCUUCUAAUGCUUACAGAAGGUUGUAUYGUGAAGAAGUAGGUGUUUGCUAAGUUGAGUGGAAUAUAUCAAAACUCUUGUCAGAAGUAGUUUUGCACUAGUAAACAUGUCGUUGUCUUGCAUUGUUUUUUCUUUGUGGAUAAGUUAUAAAUGAUAAAUAGCUCCUCCCUUACAGAAGUAUUUAAUCACUUAAUCGCAGGGUUCAAACACUUUAAAAAGAAGCCUUAUAAUGCUCAUCUGGUGCCAGUUGAAUUAAAUGUUUGAUACUCGUUACUUUUAUUGUGUUGUUAA